CGCCAUCUUACUCCGACCAAAGUGAUGUGAACACACCUGUCGGGGUGUGUUUACAGGAGAACUUGAACACACACCAUGUCAUUAGUGAUCGUGUGUUGUUGAGCAGACAUUGAUCAUCUAACUCGUGUUUGAAUGAAUCUCAGCUAAACCCGCGCCGGAGAAGGAGAGCUGGACCCAGUCAUGAGGAGGAAUAAAGCUGAGGUGGAGCGAUACAUCUCUAGAGUCCACAGCUCCUCUCUCUCUCACACAGAGUUGCCUUCAUCUAUGGAGGAUGUGAUGGAUAUGCUGAACGAGGUCAACCAUCAGCUUGCAGAAGAUGACGAGCGGGAUGAAGAUCAUGUGGACUACCCGCUGACGUCCAGCCCCGGUCAGCCCACCAGUUCACAGAGACCCGUUUCGUUGCCUGCAUCUAUGGAGGAUGUGAUGGAUAUGCUGAACGAGGUCAACCAUCAGCUUGCAGAAGAUGACGAGCGGGAUGAAGAUCAUGUGGACUAUCCGCUGACGUCCAGCCCCGGUCAGCCCACCGAGUCACAUGUGAAGUUCUCCACUCCGUCUCCAUCUAAAAGAUCUAUGUUUUCGCCCAAAACGACUCCUCACUGGGUCGAGGACAUAAAGUCGCUCCUGCAGAUGCUGUGCCAGCAGGUCGAGUCCUUGAAGAAUGAGGUUCAUGACCUGCGCCUUAAUUCCCCUGAAGCGACAGCAUCCUCAUAUAGGAUGUACAGAGAUAACUAUCCUGCAGAAGGACUUCAGGAAGGAUUUCCUGGACCACAGGCCUUCCAUGGUGCUCCUCUUACUGUUGCCACUACAGGUCCCUCUGUGUACUACAACCAGUCUCCAGCAUAUAAUUCGCAGUAUCUUCUACGCACUGCUGCAAAUGUUACACCAACAAAGGUAGUGGAGGAGGAAGAGGAGAUGUUCUGCAAGAGAGCAAAACUCUUCCGGUUCGACCCUGAGACUAAAGAAUGGAAAGAGAGGGGCAUUGGAAGUCUCAAAAUUCUAAAACACAGAACUUCAGGGAAAGUUCGUCUGUUGAUGAGGAGGGAACAGGUUCUCAAAAUCUGUGCUAAUCACUAUAUCACUGCAGAUAUGGUCCUCAAACCAAAUGCUGGAUCUGACAAGUCCUGGGUGUGGUAUGCUAUGGACUAUGCAGAUGAAAUGCCCAAGACUGAGCAGUUGGCCAUUCGUUUUAAAACUGCGGAUGAGGCCACACUGUUUAAAUUCAAAUUUGAGGAAGCUCAAAAAUUCAUUCUAGAGUCUCCACAAGGCCAACAACUGGAAAAUAAAAAUGAAACUCCGAAACCUCAGGUUUCAUCCAAAGAAAUGGAUCUUAAAACACUGUUUUCCAAGAAGCAGGGUGAAUGGGACUGUGAUGUGUGCUGUGUAAGAAACGCUCCCACAUCUGCGGUGUGUGUUGCCUGCAACAGUGCAGCUCCUUCUACAGCAAAGGAAAAACCUGUAGUGUCCCCACAUGGCCAACAGUUGAAAAAGAAAUGUGAAACUCCAAAACCUCAGGUUUCAUCCAAAGAAAUCGAUCUUAAAACACUGUUUUCCAAGAAGCAGGGUGAAUGGGACUGCGAUGUGUGCUGUGUAAGAAACGCUCCCACAUCUGCAGUGUGUGUUGCCUGCAACAGUGCAGCUCCUUCUACAGCAAAGAUUAAACCUGUAGAGGAACUUAAAGGCUCUGCACCUGUGGCUCCUCCUGCCAAAUCUUUUUCUUUUGGACUUACUGGAGACACUGAUGUCAGCUCAAAGGGAUUAGCAUUUGGGUCUCCAAUAUCCAUUUCUUAUCAAUUUGGAUCAAAUGAUUCUGCAGGAACCGCUGUUGACCUUACAGCUCAGGCUGAUAAGAAAACUAUUCAGGCUGAAGCACCACAACAUGUGAAAGUGUCAGCAACUCCAGUUCUCCCUCUUGGCUCUGGUUUUGGCUCUCAAUUUGUCAAGAAAGAGGGUCAAUGGGACUUUGACUCCUGCUUCAUGAGGAAUGAUGCUUCAGCAACUGAAUGCGUUUCUUGCAAAGCUCCCUGCAGCAUUGAGUUAGCUGCCAUGUUUGGUAAAAAGGGACAGUGGGAUUGUGACACUUGCCUGGCAAAAAAUGAAGGUACAACUAGGCAGUGUGUUUCAUGUCAGGCAGCAAACCCAAAUAUGAAAGGCAAGACCUCUACUGCACCAUCAAGGUCCUCUUUUUCAUUCAGUUUUGGUAGUUCUAGCAAGCAACCUGCUGCAACAGGAUUUACUGCCAAUUUCAAUCCAGGUCCUGCUUUUCAGUUUGGUACAAGUAAAGAAAAAGCAUCCUCAGAAGGUUUUAAGUUUGUUGAGUCCUCUACAUCUCAGGCUGAUAAGUCAAGCAGUUCAGUGUUUUCGUUUUCCAUGGCAGUGCCUGCUGGAGGUUUCAAGUUUGGCAUUGCAGAAUCUGAGGCAAACGCAUCAGACGGACAGUCACAAAAUGGAUCUGCAUCUGACCUCUUAAAAAAUAUUGCUGAACUUCACAGAGAGAAGGAAAAAGAGUCCUCAGAUGAGUCCUUGGACACUGGUAGUCCCGAUAAUAAUCCCCUCCUUAGCGGUAAGCCUGACUCUUUUAGUUUUGCUGAACUUCACAGAGAGAAGGAAAAAGAAGCAAUCCCAAGUUCCUCAGAUGAGCCCUUAGACACUGGUAGCCAUGAUAAUAAUCCCCUCAUUACCGGUAAGCCUGACUUUUUUAGUUUUGCAGACUUGGCAACGUGCUCACAAGGUAGUUUUCAGUUUGGCCAGAAGGAUCCCACUUUCAAAGGCUUUGCCGGGGCUGGCCAGCAGCUGUUUACAGCAUUUAAUUCCACCUCCAAGACAGAUACCUCUGCUGAUCAAGAAGAUGAAAUGUACAAAACAGAGGAUAAUGACGAUAUUCAGUUUGAGCCAGUUGUUCAGAUGCCUGAGAAGUUUGACCUUGUUACAGGGGAAGAAGAUGAGAAAAGCUUGUAUUCGCAGAAUACUAGAGCACCAGAGAUUGCAGAAGAGUCCAAGCCAAAAUUUGAGGAGUGUCAGCGGCUGCUAUUGGAUAUUCCUUUGCAGAUCCCUCACAAGCUUGUGAAUACUGGCAGAACGGCCCAACUUAUACAGAAAGCUGAAGAAAUUAAAUCUGGUCUUAAAGACUUAAAAUCAUUCUUGACUUUCCAAAGCAAGGAUGAUGAAAGUAGCAUUGCAGGUGUCAGUACCUCUUCAGUCACAGUCAAACUCGACUCUGAAAGCACCACAACUGCUUUAGAAUGGGAUAUUUAUGAUUUGCAAGAAGAAGCGCUUGACAACUAUGCUGAUUCUUCUGUGUGCAAUACCUCUUUGCAGCCUGAUCCAGUAGGAAAAAGUUUGUUCCGUUUUGGCGAAUCGUCCACAGACUUUAGUUUCAGUUUUCAGCCUAUUCUCAGUCCCUCCAAGUCUCCAUCUAAGCUAAACCAGAGCCAGGCUUCCGUUGGCACAGAUGAUGAACAAGAAGCAUCGCAAGAGGAAGAGCGAGAUGGUCAGUACUUUGAGCCUGUUGUGCCGUUGCCUGAUCUUGUUGAGGUCUCAACAGGAGAGGAGAACGAGCAAGUCAUUUUCAGUCACAGGGCCAAACUAUACCGCUAUGAUAAAGAACUUAGUCAGUGGAAGGAACGAGGUAUAGGAGACCUUAAAAUACUACAAAACUAUGAAACAAAGCGCGUCAGACUUGUUAUGAGGCGUGAUCAGGUCCUGAAAUUGUGUGCAAACCAUUGGAUUGCUUCAAAUAUGAAUCUUGAGCCCAUGAAAGGAUCCGAGAAAGCAUGGAUCUGGAGUGCCUUUGAUUUUGCUGAAGGCCAGGGCAAGAUUGAACAGUUGGCUGUAAGGUUUAAACUGGAGGAAACGGCAAGAAUGUUCAAAGAAGUCUUUGAAGAGGCAAAGGCUGCCCAGGAAAAAGACACUCUUCUCACCCUGCUUUCCGCAAGAGUACCUGCCUUCAGCCAAGAGCCAAUUUGUGGUAAGGCUGCAGUUGCUGUACUUGAGGAAACCACAAAAGAGCGUACUGUACUUCCCGAGGUUGAAAGCAGUCCUAAACUAGAUGGGUCGCCUGGGGCAGAGCUUGGUGCUCAGGUCACCAAGACCCCCAAGUUCUCUUUUGUCUCUCCUCCCAAGUUCGUCUUUGGUUCAGACUCUGUGGAGAAGAUCUUUGGGAGCCCUUUGUCAUCAAAAGAGAAAUCACCUGUUAUGAUUCCCAGUCUAAAAGAUGAGGAAACGAGUGCCUCAAGACUGAAAACCUCUGGACAGGAAGUAACCAGUCAGCCAUCCAUUGGAAAUCCUUUCAGCAUCCCAACAAACUCUGAAGGAGAGUGUGUGUUUGCAGACUCCGAGGUCACACUAGUGUGGGAGAAGAAGCCGACUGCAGACGAGGAGCAGAGAGCCAGACGCCUGAAGCUGCCGCCCACCUUCCUCUGCAACGUCAGCAGCGACUCCGACUCCGAGCGACCCGACGACUUCAGCGCAGAGCUACACACACUGCAGCACGCUCAGGUGAAGCCGGAGCCUUCCCAUGAUGCAGCAGCGGAAGAGUCUCCCGUGGACGGCAGCGUUGACCCCAUUGACCUCUCCACGAAGAGGAGCAGCGAGAGCGAGUCCAGCUUCACUGCAGACUGCAGCAUAAGCAGCGACUCCGACUCCGAGCGACCCGACGACUUCAGCGCAGAGCUACACACACUGCAGCACGCUCAGGUGAAGCCGGAGCCUUCCCAUGAUGCAGCAGCGGAAGAGUCUCCCGUGGACGGCAGCGUUGACUCCAUUGACCUCUCCACGAAGAGGAGCAGCGAGAGCGAGUCCAGCUUCACUGCAGACUGCAGCAUAAGCAGCGACUCCGACUCCGAGCGACCCGACGACUUCAGCGCAGAGCUACACACACUGCAGCACGCUCAGGUGAAGCCGGAGCCUUCCCAUGAUGCAGCAGCGGAAGAGUCUCCCGUGGACGGCAGCGUUGACCCCAUUGACCUCUCCACGAAGAGGAGCAGCGAGAGCGAGUCCAGCUUCACUGCAGACUGCAGCAUAAGCAGCGACUCCGACUCCGAGCGACCCGACGACUUCAGCGCAGAGCUACACACACUGCAGCACGCUCAGGUGAAGCCGGAGCCUUCCCAUGAUGCAGCAGCGGAAGAGUCUCCCGUGGACGGCAGCGUUGACCCCAUUGACCUCUCCACGAAGAGGAGCAGCGAGAGCGAGUCCAGCUUCACUGCAGACUGCAGCAUAAGCAGCGACUCCGACUCCGAGCGACCCGACGACUUCAGCGCAGAGCUACACACACUGCAGCACGCUCAGGUGAAGCCGGAGCCUUCCCAUGAUGCAGCAGCGGAAGAGUCUCCCGUGGACGGCAGCGUUGACCCCAUUGACCUCUCCACGAAGAGGAGCAGCGAGAGCGAGUCCAGCUUCACUGCAGACUGCAGCAUAAGCAGCGACUCCGACUCCGAGCGACCCGACGACUUCAGCGCAGAGCUACACACACUGCAGCACGCUCAGGUGAAGCCGGAGCCUUCCCAUGAUGCAGCAGCGGAAGAGCCUCCCGUGGACGGCAGCGUUGACCCCAUUGACCUCUCCACGAAGAGGAGCAGCGAGAGCGAGUCCAGCUUCACUGCAGGUCUUCCUUUUGCAUUCACAUCUGAGAGUGCGUUUUCAUUUGCAGAAUUGCAAAAGACUGCAGGAGAAUUUGCUUUUGGCAAAAAAGAUGCUAAUUUUUCUUGGUCAAACGCCGGGGCCACGGUCUUUGUUAAUGCACCCGUGCGAACUGAAGGAGGAGAAGCACACGAUGAAGGAGAAGAGGGCAGUGAUGACGAAUCUCCCCGAGAUCCACUUUGAGCUGAUCGUGUCCUUGCCAGAGGUUGGACAGGAGGACGGUCCAUCUACGGAGGGAAGUUUGAGGACGAGAACUUCGACGUGAGGCACACGGGCCCGGGACUGC